UUCUUUUCCCUCUCUGAAAAGAACACACAAAAUAUAAAGGGUAUUUCUUUUUUUUUCUGGUACAUCUCGUUCUUCUCAACUUCGUCUUGAAACAUUUGGUGUCAAAUUCGAUUCUUUGGACGUAAAAACAUUCGAUUUUUUCCCCAAAUCUCACAAGCACCCGGUGAUUCUCUCGUGCGUUGCACCUUAGUUCGCCGAUUCUUCCUUCAAUUUCGUCCCAAUUUUUCUCAAUUAAAGCUGUUACAAUUAAUGCUAUUUUUCUUGCAAGGUCCAUAACUAUCAGAUUUUUCUUGUUUGAGGAUGGACAUGCUGAAAACAGCUGCACCCAAUUUUGAUUUCUUCCUUCAGAGUUAAAAUCAAAGAUUACACUUCUCGGAAAGUGCUGUUGAGUUCUUGUAAUGGGUGCACCUAAGCAGAAAUGGACUGCAGAAGAAGAAGCAGCGCUCAAAGCUGGAGUAGUCAAACAUGGGGCUGGAAAAUGGCGCACAAUACUUACAGACCCAGAGUUUAGUGCCAUUCUGCGCAUGCGAUCAAAUGUAGAUCUCAAGGACAAAUGGAGGAAUAUAAAUGUGACAGCAAUAUGGGGAUCCAGGCAGAAAGCAAAGCUUGCCCUAAAAAAGAACCUACCAAUUCCCAAAAUUGACUGUAACCACAUGGCCAUAAGUACUGUAGUUCAACGGGAUGAAGUUGCUGAUUAUAAGCCUCUGGCAAUUUCUGGUGGAGCAUCACAAUCUGCUAAUUCAAAAGAACACAUAUCAAGCAGCAAUAUGCAUUUUGACAGUGGCAGGUUGGAUACUCUCAUACUAGAGUCCAUUAUCAAGUUAAAAGAGCCAAAAGGUUCUGACCGGGCUGCCAUUGCUGCUUACAUAGAGGAUCAAUACUCAUGUCCUCCAAACCUCAGAAAGUUACUGUCAGCAAAACUGAAGCAUAUGGUAGCAAGUGGCAAGUUAAUGAAGGUAAAGCAUAAGUACAGAAUUACAGGAAAUUCAACAAUCUCUGAGAAGAGAAGAGGCUCUUCCUUGUUACUUUUGGAAGGAAGGCCAAAAGAUUCCCCCAAAUCAGAGAAGACUGAUGUCAGCCUCCUUUCAAAAUCCCAAAUUGAUGCAGAGCUAUCAAAAAUGAAAGGUGUGACAGCUCAAGAGGCAGCGGCUGCAGCUGCAAAAGCAGUUGCAGAAGCUGAAGUUGCCAUUGCUGAGGCUGAGGCAGCAGCUAGGGAGGCAGAAGCUGCAGAAGCGGAAGCAGAGGCUGCACGGGUAUUUGCAAAAGCAGCAAUGAAAGCACUAAAAUGCAAAGCGCUUCAUAUCUGAUGGUGAUAACUCCGACAUGGUUGAAAUGAGCAGUAUAUUGGCUUGAAAUCAUGGUUACAGCUUCCUGCAUGUAUCUAAUUCCUCCUGUACACAAGUUUAUUGUUUAUUAUAAUUAUUAUUUUCCCUGGAUAAUGAUUAAUGAGGGUAGGUACAGAGGGAGGAAUGCGAUAAAAUGGUAGUUAUUGAGUGUAUGUGUAAGGCCAUGAUUGACAUCUUCAUAUGGUAAAUGAAAGAAUACAUGUUUUACAGUUUUACUAGUAUAA